UUUCAGUGGCUGCUACUCGGCGCUUCAGUCGCGGUCGCUUCAGUCGUCAGCAUGGCUCGCUCGGUGACCCUGGUCUUUCUGGUGCUUGUCUCACUGACCGGCCUGUAUGCUAUCCAGAAAACCCCUCAAAUUCAAGUAUACUCACGCCACCCACCGGAGAAUGGGAAGCCGAACAUACUGAACUGCUACGUAACACAGUUCCACCCGCCUCACAUUGAAAUCCAAAUGCUGAAGAACGGGAAAAAAAUUCCUAAAGUAGAGAUGUCAGAUAUGUCCUUCAGCAAGGACUGGUCUUUCUAUAUCCUGGCUCACACUGAAUUCACCCCCACUGAGACUGAUACAUACGCCUGCAGAGUUAAGCAUGCCAGUAUGGCCGAGCCCAAGACCGUCUACUGGGAUCGAGACAUGUGAUCAAGCAUCAUGAUGCUCUGAAGAUUCAUUUGAACCUGCUUAAUUACAAAUCCAGUUUCUAAUAUGCUAUACAAUUUAUGCACGCAGAAAGAAAUAGCAAUGUACACAUCACCUUCUUUAUAUCUUACUUUAAAUAUUUUAUGCAUGUUUUCAAAAAAUUGGAAAUAUCCUAGAUAGCUGAGCAAUAAAUCUUCAAUAAGUAUUUUGAUCAGAAUAAUAAAUAUAAUUUUAAGAACAAUAGUUGAUCAUAUGCCAAACCCUCUGUACUUCUCAUUACUUGGAUGCAGUUACUCAUCUUUGGUCUAUCACAACAUAAGUGACAUACUUUCCUUUUGGUAAAGCAAAGAGGCCUAAUUGAAGUCUGUCACUGUGCCCAAUGCUUAGCAAUUCUCACCCCCAACCCUGUGGCUACUUCUGCUUUUGUUACUUUUACUAAAAAUAAAAAAC